GUUGCGCAGGUUCAAAAAUGGAACGUCGGCGGCGUGAGGGAGCGCGAGGGGGUGUGCGCGCGUGCGCGUGCGCGCCCGGGCGAGGGUGACGGGGACCCCGCCGGCCCCAGCACCCCGCGCCGCAGCCGCGGCCCCGCAGCUCCGCCCCCGGCCCGGCCCGGCCCCGGGCCCGCUCGCCCGCCGCCCCGCAUGGAGCUGUCAGCCAUCGGCGAGCAGGUGUUCGCCGUGGAGAGCAUCCGGAAGAAGCGCGUGCGGAAGGGUAAAGUCGAAUAUCUGGUGAAGUGGAAAGGAUGGCCCCCAAAGUACAGCACAUGGGAGCCAGAAGAGCACAUCCUGGACCCCCGCCUGGUCAUGGCCUAUGAGGAGAAGGAGGAGAGAGACCGAGCGUCGGGGUAUAGGAAGAGAGGUCCGAAACCCAAGCGGCUUCUGCUGCAGCGGCUGUACAGCAUGGACCUGCGGAGCUCCCACAAGGCCAAGGGCAAGGAGAAGCUCUGCUUCUCUCUGACGCGCCCACUCGGCAGCGGGAGCCCCGAGGGGGUGGUCAAGGCAGGGGCACCCGAGCUGGUGGACAAGGGCCCCUUGGUGCCCACCCUGCCCUUCCCGCUCCGCAAGCCGCGCAAGGCCCACAAGUAUCUGCGACUCUCACGCAAGAAGUUCCCGCCCCGCGGGCCCAACCUGGAGAGUCACAGCCAUCGACGGGAGCUCUUCCUGCAGGAGUCACCUGGCCCAGAUGUCCUGCAGGCAGCUGGCGAGUGGGAGCCCGCAGAGCAACCCCCUGAAGAGGAGGCAGAUGCAGACCUGGCAGAUGGGCCCCCUCCCUGGACACCCACGCUCCCCCCAAGUGAGGUGACCGUGACUGACAUCACCGCCAACUCCAUCACCGUCACCUUCCGCGAGGCCCAGGCGGCUGAGGGCUUCUUCCGAGACCGCAGUGGGAAGUUCUGAAUCACCGUUUUUACUCUUCUUAAACUGUCUUUUGGGCUUGGGGUGGGGACUUCCAGAGGUAGGGAGGGGUUGGGGGUGGGGUAAUUAUUUUAUUUAAAAAAAUACGGAGCAGCAGCAGAAGGGGGAAGAUCCCAUCACGCUCCCACCCCUUGCCCCUUUCUUUGUGAGGGCUGUUUACAGGGAGGCCUCAGGACCCGGGGUGGGGGGCGGGCCUAGCUCUGUCAGUUGGAGAACCGUCUUCAGGGCAGAGUGGGGACGGGGCCACCCAGGACACCUGCGCCGUUCUUUUCCACUAGAGACGCAGCAGCUGGUUCUAGGAGGUAAGGGAGCUUCAGAAGGCCAAACCCUCUCCCUUGAGCAGCCCACCCCAGCCUGUCUGGUUGGCUUUCCCUUUCCUUUUUUUUUUUUGAUUGGGUCUUUAUUUUGAACUUUCCACUCCAGCUUAGCAGUGUGGUGUUGAGGCUGGCUUUGACCAAAGUGACUGGGUCUGGGAGAAGGGGCAGGAGUAAGGGUUUGAAGUUGCAGGGUGUACGGCUUCUUCCGAGAGGCGUCUACCCUUCCCAGGGAGGAGGCUGCCAGCCGAGACCCUUCUGCUGAGAGCUCCGCCCUCCUGCAUGGCCUGGCUGUGCAGAAACGCUUGCGAACGCCCAGAAACACAGGUGUGCACGCAUUGCCCCUCGUGUGUGCGUGUGUCUGCAGACGUGUCCACAUGGGUCUUGCAACUCCCUUCUAGAAACGCUGACUGGGUGAACAUGGAGUGAUUCAUAGCACAAGAGAAUUUGCCACGGUUUCCUACACUCACCUCGCCUCGCACGCACAUCACACUAUAGGAUUUAUCCCAGCUUGGUUUGCUUGCAGCUGUCAGCAGAAGGUGGGGGUCCUGGAGCUUAUGCUCCAGGCACGCAGAUGUGCUUUUGCAGUUGCAUCUGGCCAGGCUGCAGGUGUGCAGGUGUGCAGGUGUGCGCAAAUGUUCUAGCGCAUCAGUGCAGGCUCUGAGACACUUGGGCUCUGACCUUCCCCCCAGAGGGAUUCUUGUUUUUUCCAACUCAGGUGACUUUUCAGCCCUUCUGAUCCCACUUAUUUGCUGUCCUCCCCUCCAACUCAGCCAGCCCCGAUGUGGGCGUGGGCAGUCAGGGAGGGAAGGAGUGUCCCACCACUUUCUCAGGGCAGCCCUCGACUCCUGAACCCCUUCCUCCCCCUGUUCUGUUCCCUCCCCAUCCACCCUAAAUGCCACAGCUGGGGCUGACCUUGUUUUCCUGUGGGAGCACCUCUGCCCAUUUUCCUGGGGUCGGGUUCUGCACAGGCUGCAGGUGCUGGCAAGGGGCUGUGUCUGCUAGGAGGAGGGGGCACUUGUUUUCUAGUUUGCACAAAGUGCCCUGGGGGCCAGUAGCUUCCCUGCCCCUGAGGAGUGGCUUCUCCCUUUAUCCCAGCCCUAGAGGGGAGAAAAAGCCAGACGGGCACCAGGGAGCAUGGAAAAGGCCGGCUCCCCCAUCCUUCUGCCAGAGUCAGGGGAAUCAGAACUUGGAGCAGGGUGCAGCUGGGAAGUAUGAAACUUGCUUGCCUCCUGCACGGUCCCCCGACUCUGCUGGGUCCUCAGGCAGUCAGCAGAAUCUCUGCUGGACAAGGAUAGGGUGACUCUUCACCCAGAUCCCUUCUUCCCCAGUUCCCAAACCAAAGACAGCCUGCAUCCCAUUUCUGUUUGUUUGGGGUGCUCUGUUGGCAAGAUUUCCAAAUCCCUGAGUCUUUCCCUUUCCUGCUUAAUCUUUAGAUGUCCAGGGUCAAUUCAAUGCUUCUGUUGAGGGACAGUCUCUUCUGGGAUGACCUGAUUCACCCCCAGCCCAGGGAAUUGAACCUAGAGGAAUAUGUGGGGGUGGGUCAGGAAAAGAAGGGGCAGCAGGAAUUGCCAUCCAUCCAGCUGUGGGACCCUGGGAAGGAGAAGGCGAAGUUGGAGUUGGGGUGGGGAGAUUCCCAGGACAGGGGUUCCCAGAGGUGAGGGUGGUGGAAGGUAGGGGGAGGGGGUCUCUUUCCAUUGAAUGUGUUCGCCCAUGGCUUUGGGACAUGGUUGGCAGCUUCCAGUAAAAGUCACGCUCCCCAUCCCUCAGCAGACACAGGACCUCUUCUGCUUCCUGGGCACUUUUAAAGAGCUGUUUGUGCAAUUUUCUGGUUUGUGGUUUUAGGGGGCUUUUCUUGUGGAUGAGGCAGUGUUUUUCUGUCUGCAGCAGCAGAACAUAUCUUUCCUCAUAUGCAGACCUUUAUGGCCCAUGGGGAACCUUGCAGCUCAGGGAGGGCUGACUUCCAGGAGUCUGACCUGCCGUGGGUGGAUCAAUGAUGCCCAGCUCAGGGCAGCCACAUGGCUCAUGGGCUCCAAUAAGCUGGCUCCCUGGGGAAGGGCUGUGGCUGUUAGGACUGCCUCCCUCAACGCAGGUGGCCUCUGUGAGGUUACCUCUGGGUGUGGUCGCACAGGCCUCUUCCCAGCCCGGAGCAUCCCAGCUGGGGUUCAGGUCUUGAGAGCAGGCAAGGUGGAAGGUGGACAGUGACCUCCCACUCCCACCCCCACAGCACCCCCCGCAGAAGGCCAGUACUCUUGGGGGUGGGGGAGCCGCUUAGAAAGUUCUGCCACCUGCCUCUCUUUUCCCCAGCCCCUACCCCGUUUUGAAUGCAGAGACCCGUAGGUACUUUUUCUUUCGCUGUGGGGCAGGGCGAGGCGAGGAGCAUCUCCUUCACCACUUGGCAUGGCCACCACGAUGCCGAUGCUGUGGCUGAGCCGGUCAGGCUUCGUGAUUAUCAUUGCUCUUAGGAUGAUAAUCCCAUUGCCAGUUCCUCCCCUCCUCUUGCUCUGGGGGAAGGCGCUAUGCUUCUGUAAGGCGGUUUAGCUUUUGCUUUAUAAUUGGCCAGACAUGGCCGCCAGGCCUCAGCACAAGAACACGCUUCCUUUGCACAGAAAGAGCUUUGAGCUUUGUUCAGACUAAAUGAAUGUACUCAGGAGGGUCGGGGCACGAGUUGAUUCAAAGCACAUGCCUUUUCUGAGUGAGCGUGCUGGGAGAGCAGAGUGGACGUAGAGUGUGGUUUUAUUUUUGUACUGAUAUUGGUAAGAGACUGUAUAGCAUCUAUUUAUUUAGAUGAUUUAUCUGGUAAAUAAGGCAAAAAAUUAUUAAAAAUAUGUUAAA